AUGGCGGCUCCCGGUACUGUGGGAAUGCCAGACAUGGCGCUCUCCUCAGAUGCUCUGGAAACUGCCCGAAGUCUGCUGUUUGCUUUGCAGAUAGCCUCGCCAAUUGCCCUUUUGUUGGCCUUUGUGACGGCCUUCAUUGUCUGCUCAAUAUUAUCCGCCAGGCAGUUGACCCCCGCUGUAAACACAGCAUGUGGCCCCGGGGGUCGACCGCUGCCCAAGCGGACAAGGAGCACUAUGGCGGUAUUGAAAGACCGCCAGAAUGUCUCACCUCGAUUCCGACUUGUCUUCCAAUGGCUCUCGCUAGCUGUGCUUUUGACAUUCCUGGUCGAUGCCGCCAUUAAUGUCUCCCAUGCCAUACUCUACCGCUCCCAGCACUGGUGGCGUGGUCAGGCAACGGUGAUCUACAUUGUCGGCUGCUUUUUUGUGCAUGCCUUGAUUCUGAUCUCGCUUGUUGAUGCAAAGCCCUCUCCAACAGGGGCCCAAUUUGCCCCAUGGACACUGGCUCUCUUGCUCGAUGCGAUUAUUUGGACGGCUUCAUUGGCCAUAUACAGCAACCCACACAAUGAACCAAUAGUAGGUGACCCUCAGGGUGGCCCAUGGCGAUACGGUAUAACUUCUUGGGAGGCUCCCGAAUUGGCUGUGAAUGCAAUUCGUUUAAUCCUCCUCGCAGCCCUCAUCUUCCUUUAUAUUAUCUCUACCAUCCGUAAAUCAACUAGCCGUAAAGCCAAUCCUCGUCUAGCCGGGGAGGCUGGGGAGACCAGAGGUCUUUUGGAUUCUUCGGAAGAAACUGCAGGAGCCAACGGAUCGGCAUAUGGCACGACACAUGCUAACGGUCACUCAUCACCACCGCAAAAGCCAGUUGAUCCGUGGGUGCGGCCAACGACUGUGCCCUCGACGAGUUGGUGGGAAUAUCUUAGCGGCUACUCGCUUUUCUUCCCCUACCUCUGGCCAUCCAAGUCCCGCAGACUUCAACUGGUUGUGGUCAUCUGCUUCGGACUUAUCCUACUGCAACGUGUUGUCAACGUGCUAGUGCCUUAUCAAGUUAGCGUCAUCACCAAUAUUCUGUCAGACGAGGAGGGAGACAACUUGCGAAUACCGUGGUUUCAAAUUUGCUUAUAUAUCUUUUACCGCUGGCUACAAGGCAAUCAGGGUCUUAUUGGAUCCUUGAGAUCAAGCCUAUGGAUUCCGGUUAGCCAGUAUUCUUACAUGGAAUUGUCUACCGCUGCGUUCGAACAUGUCCACAGCCUGAGUUUGGAUUUUCACCUGGGUAAAAAGACCGGAGAAGUCCUGUCAGCUUUGAGUAAAGGCAAUUCAAUCAACACGUUUCUUGAGCAGAUCACAUUCCAGGUUGUGCCAAUGCUAAUCGACCUCGGAGUUGCAAUUGGGUACUUCCUGAUUGCCUUUGAUGCAUACUAUGCCUUAGUCGUGACUAUUGUCACAUUCUGCUAUCUCUAUGUGACAGUUCGCAUGGCACAGUGGCGAGCUGAGAUUAGGCGAGAAAUGGUGAAUGCUUCUCGACAGGAGGAUGCUGUCAAGAACGAUUCUAUGAUAUCAUAUGAAACCGUCAAAUACUUCAAUGCAGAAUCUUACGAGUUCAGUCGUUACCGUACCGCCGUCAACGAUUUCCAGAAAGCUGAAUACCAUGUCCUGUUCUCUCUUACAUUGAUGAAUACGAGUCAAAAUACCGUGUUCAUGCUGGGUCUCCUCGUGACGUGUUUUAUUGCUGCUUAUCAGGUGUCAACGGGCGAACGCAAGGUUGGCCACUUCGUAGGUCUUUUAUUUUACAUGGCCCAACUUCAAGGGCCGCUGAACUUUUUCGGCACCUUUUACAGGUCCAUCCAAUCAGCCUUGAUCAAUUCGGAGCGCAUGCUGGAACUUUUCAGAGAACAGCCAACUGUUAUCGAUCGACCUAAUGCCGUGCCGAUGGGCUGUUGCGAUGGCGGAAUAGUUUUUGACGAUGUCCACUUCUCGUAUGAUAGCCGCAAGCCGGCUCUCAGUGGACUGACAUUUGAGUGUCGACCAGGCACGACCACUGCCCUAGUGGGGGAAUCAGGAGGUGGUAAAUCUACAGUAUUCCGCCUUCUUUUCCGUUUCUAUGACGCCAAGACUGGAAACAUUCGCGUUGAUGGCAAAGAUGUUCAAAACGUUACUAUCGACUCGUUGCGCCGCCAUAUUGGUGUGGUACCUCAAGAUACCGUCCUGUUCAACGAGACUUUAAUGUACAAUUUGAAGUACGCGUGCCCAGAGGCGACAGAUGAACAGGUUUACGAAGCAUGUCGCGCGGCUAGCAUUCAUGAUAAGAUUCUUUCGUUUCCUGAUGGCUACUACACUAAGGUGGGAGAGCGUGGCCUCCGACUAAGUGGUGGGGAAAAGCAACGUGUUGCUAUUGCUCGUACAAUACUGAAGAAUCCUCGCAUUAUCCUCUUGGACGAAGCAACUGCAGCUCUUGACACUGAAACCGAAGAGCAAAUUCAAGACGCCCUUUCGACCUUGUCAAAGGGACGUACGAUGCUUGUUAUUGCACAUAGAUUGAGCACUGUCACCGACGCGGAUCAGAUUUUGGUUUUGAGUGACGGCCAAGUCUCGGAACGUGGUACUCAUGAGGAACUCCGAGACCUCAAUGGCCGGUACGCCAGCAUGUGGCGCAAGCAGAUACGGGCACAGAGGGCUGCGGAGCUUCGUGGUGCAACAGUGACCGAUGAUAGCUCUAGUCAGUCAGAAGGAGAAAGAAAGGCAAAGAUUAAUCGAGAGCUACCUGCUCGACGUUCAAGUCGAGCUGGGGAUGCUCAAAAUUCCCAGAACCGGUCAUCAUAA